AAAGGUAACAUAGUAAAAACGUUCAGCAAAAGCUAAGGUAUCACCAUGUGGGCGACCACAUAAUUUCAACGCACCCAGCAGAGACAUUCGAAUAUCACUGCGUAUAAUUAUGGAACGGGCAUGUCGUUGAAUUCACAUAACAUGUUCUUUAAGUUUUUUUUUUUUGUUUUUCGUAGAAAAAUUAUGUGGAUUUUGUUUAAUUCAGCACAUGUUUUGAAAUUUGUCUUGCCGUUUUUUUGUUGUUUAGAGCGUUAUUCAAAAUUGUUUGAACUGAACAUCUACUAAAGUUAAAUAAGAAUGAUUUGUGAGUCGCGCCAAUUAAAUGUCAACUAAUCGCUUAACUUUAAGCUUUGUUUACUUUUGUCUUCUACUGUCACCGUGCACUUUCUUAUAAUAUUUUCCACUUGCCUACUAAUAAUAAUUCAAAAAUAUGUGCUUCAAUCAUUAAAUAAGAGCUCGGAUUAUUAUACGAAUUGAAUAUGCAAAAAAUUAAAAAUUUGGUGCAAUCUUCACAUUGCAAUAUCUUGAACUGCCACAGAUCUGACGUCUUUCAUUUUAUUGCACCACUUUUUAAAUACUAUUUUUUUAGUAUUCAAUUUGUCACGGUUUUGUAACUAUUUGUCAUGCCGUCAAGCACAAUCCGUAUAAAAUCAAUUAUGCUCAACUAAUCUACUUUUAAGCUGAGACUCCGCUCAAACUUUAAAAAUUUAGGAUUCAUUUAGUUUGGAUUGAUUUGUUAUUUCCUCUGGCGGGACCAAAGUUGAGCGGGUAAUCAACACUAAAGGAAGAGUUCUUGGUGUGCAAUACUUAAUGGAUAGCUGUACUCAAAGAGGCACCUGCGCUUAAAAUGUUUGCACAAUAUAGACGCGGCACUGAUGGGGGCAGUGCGCUGGGGAAACUCGACGCGCCGGAAGUGACGUCACAAGAUAUGCUGCGUGCCAUGAUGGCCUAUAUCUGGCCCAAAGAGGAUGCGCUGGUGCGGAAACGUGUGGUUAUAUCGCUAAGUCUACUGGUCGGUUCCAAAAUGUUGACUGUUUGCGUGCCGUUCCUGUUUAAGGGUGCCGUCGAUACGCUGAACACGAUGAAUACGCUGAAUAUGGACACAGCGCCGGACACGGUGUUAUCUGUAGCCACCGCCAUGUUGCUUGGAUAUGGUGUUGCACGCGCCAGCGCUGCCGCUUUCAACGAGCUGCGUAAUGCUGUCUUCGCCCGGGUGGCGCACCAUUCCAUACGAAAGAUUGCCACGAACGUAUUCUUGCAUUUGCAUAAAUUGGACUUGGCAUUCCAUUUGAAUAAGCAGACGGGCGCCUUGUCUAAGACCAUCGAUCGCGGUUCGCGUGGCAUCAACUUUGUGCUCAGCGCCAUGCUUUUCAAUAUUGUGCCAACCAUAUUCGAACUGACGCUGGUAUCCUCCAUAUUGGGCAUGAAGUGCGGCUUAGCAUUCGCCGGCGUUUCGAUGGGCUGCGUUGGUGUUUAUGCCGCUUUCACGUUAGCCGUAACACAGUGGCGCACCAAGUUCCGCAUCUAUAUGAAUCAGGCCGAAAAUGAGGCUGGCAAUAAAGCUGUCGACUCGCUCAUCAACUACGAAACGGUGAAGUAUUUUAAUAAUGAACAAUUCGAAGCCGGCCGCUACAAUGAGGUGCUGAAGAAAUAUGAGGCGGCCAGUUUGAAGACGAGCACCAGUUUGGCCAUGUUGAAUUUCGGUCAAAAUGCCAUUUUCAGUUCGGCGCUGAGCAUAAUCAUGGUGUUGGCCGCUAAUGAGAUAUCGAAAGGCAAUAUGACCGUUGGUGAUUUGGUGAUGGUCAACGGUUUGCUAUUCCAACUCUCCAUACCUCUGGGUUUCCUCGGCAGCGUAUAUCGCGAGGUGCGUCAAGCGCUACUUGACAUGCAGUCCAUGUUUACGUUGAUGAAUGUCGAUGCACGCAUCUCUUCGGCGCCGAAUGCCCCACAACUGGCUGUCGGCACCGACAAUGCAUCCAUCGAGUUCAGAAAUGUCAGUUUUGAAUAUGAAUCGGGUAAACCUAUCUUCAAGGAUAUGUCAUUCACCAUACCAGCUGGCAAGACAAUUGCUUUCGUUGGCGGUUCGGGUUCGGGAAAAUCAUCGAUGGUGCGAUUGCUGUUUCGUUUCUUUGAGCCGAAUGCGGGCAAAAUUUUCAUUAAUGGACAGGAUAUCAGUGAAGUGGAUUUGGACAGUUUGAGACACGCGAUCGCUGUAGUGCCGCAGGAUUCGGUGCUCUUCCACGACACCAUACAACACAACAUCCACUACGGCAACUUGAAUAAAUCGCAAGACGACGUGGAGAAUGCUGCACGUAUGGCUGAUCUGCAUGACUCCAUCAUAAGUUGGCCGAAACAAUACGACACACAAGUCGGCGAACGUGGCCUAAAGCUGUCGGGCGGUGAGAAGCAACGCGUGGCCAUCGCACGCGCCAUACUCAAGAACUCACCGAUUCUUAUAUUCGAUGAGGCAACGAGUAGUCUGGACUCCAUUACGGAACAGAACAUUUUACAAGCGCUUUCACGCGCCACUGCCAAUCGCACCAGCAUUUGCAUAGCACAUCGACUCUCCACCGUCAUGGAUGCCGAUGAGAUUUUCGUGCUGGAGAAUGGGCGUGUGGGUGAACGCGGCACACAUGCGGAGCUCUUGAAGAAGAACGGGCUUUACGCGCGGCUCUGGGAGACGCAAACACAACAAUUUUGACAGGCAGCAAAUGUGCGCGCAAGCAAUCCCUAAAUGUUGUAUUAUUCACCCACAAACACACAGGUAGACACACACCCACACAAAGACAAAUGCAAAUACACCGCCGACUGUCGUUGGGCAGUUUUAGUGUCAUGUAAUUUAAUUAUUGUUUAUUUACACAGAAGCUAAUGAAUGAUUCAUUGUCAGUAUGUACUGGUUAUAUACAUGUGUAUGUAUGUAAAUUAAGCAAAGAAAUGUUGUAGUAAAAGUCAAAAAACAUAACCUCCAAACAUAUAAACCAACACAAGUUACUUUCA